AACAAGUGAGCAUAAUAACAAUAGGGGUAUUCGGAAUCUGUUGUAUUCGUAGUAAUUAUUUACUCUUUUUACAACGAAUUCAGAAAUACACAAGAAAAUCGCGAACACACCCAUUGUAAUGUCGUUGUAAAAUUUGCCGAACAGCUGAUUUUUGUGCCACAACAAAUAAACAAAAGUGAGAAAUAUGCCGCGAAAAAGCGAAAAAACUAAAAUAUUAGAUUUUAUUGUUGAUAAUUGUGAAGAUCAAAUUGCUGAUGUGAACGAUGCCGAUGAUGCAGCCGUGGAUGAUAUUUUAGACUGCUCUAUGGAAGAGGUGAUCAUUAUAUUGCAGUGCCGCCGAGGAAUUGAGAAAUUUAUUCCAAAAAGUAUAACUUGGCGUUUGGAUGUGUUAAGUGAACUGGAUGAUACCAGGUUGAAGCAAAUGUUAAGGGUGGAUCGAUUUCAAUUCACUCAUUUGGUUGGGUUAAUUAAAACAGACGAGGUUUUUAAUCGACUUCACUCCUGCAAACAGUUUUCUAUAGAGUUGCAAGUUGCAGUUGUGUUAUACAGACUUGGGGCUUACGGUGAAAAUGCUUCCAUAAGGAAAAUAGCUUCUAUUUUUGGAAUUGGCGAUGGAAGCACAAUUGGCGUUAUAACAGAAAGAGUAUUUAAAGCUUUCCAACGAUUGGAGAGAAAAAUUAUAUUUUGGCCAGAUUACGCUGAAAGAAAUUUAAUAGUUUCCCAAACGUUCAACGAACUUCCAUAUUGCAUUGGUUACGUAGAUGGGACAGAGAUUGCUCUUGCCGAAGCGCCCGUCCAUAACCACACGACGUAUUUUUCUAAAAAUCGACGUUACUCUAUAAAAGCUCAAGUGGUUUGUGACCACAAAUGCAGAAUUCGACAUAUUGUAGUGGGCCAUGUGGGUAGCGCUCAUGAUGCUAAAGUAUAUAAAACAUGCGCUUUGUUUCUUGAAGAGUCGAAAUUUUUUUCAGGAUUUCAGUGGCUAGCAGGUGACUCAGCUUAUCCGAUUUCCAAAACGUUAAUAACACCAUAUCGAAGCAACUCAAAGCAAUUGGACAUAGAAAAACGCAAUGAAUUUAAUCGACGCCAUAGUAAGUAUCGCGUACGAAUUAUAAAAUUGUUUUGGGUUGUUAAAAGAGAAAUUUGGUAGUCUAAAGGAGCUCAGAAUGCGAAUUCAAAACAGAGAAAGUCACAAAUUUUGUUGUGAUUGGUUUCGAGUCUGCUGCAUUUUGCACAAUAUUUUAUUAAACCAAAAGGAAAUAAAGACAAUAUUUGUCGAUCAAGAAAAUCGAGAACCAAACCAACCAGAAGAAGAAUUCCAAACUAAUACCCGACAGGAAAUCGAAAUGAAGAGACAAGGUUUAUACCAUAUGAUGUUUGACUAGUAACAGUACAAGUUUUUUAAUUCAAAAAUAAAUUUAAUAAACAAAAAGUUUAAUGAGGCACUCUUUCAUAUAAC